AUGGCUUACGAUCAAUUACAUAAACGGACAGCAAAAUGCAGCAUUUCAAGAAAAGGACCAAAUUUUACACUACGACUGUGGUAUACCUUCCUUAUCAGCAUGAUUAGUCUACCGAGUAUAAUGAUGUCUUGUUACCCUAAUGGUUCUAUCGAUGUUCGAUACGGCAAUCCUCUGGAACUAUAUUGCAGUCGUAAAAACACAUCUGGACGUCUCGAUAUACUGCAUGGGUCACAAGUUGUCACUGACACUACCAGAGUUAACGACACCACAAUAAAAUUGUACAUUGAAAAACCAAACAUGACUUCAGCGACGUAUUCUUGUAAGACUGAUGGUGAAACAUGCUUCUUCCGUGUGCUGGUCGACUUGCCACCCAGGAAUGUCACUGAUUUCAAGUGUGUAUCUAAUAAUUUAAUAUACUUGAACUGUUCAUGGACGGCGCCCAUCAAAUUUGCUUUAAUUAAAUAUGAAUUAAAAGUGCUUGUUAACAAUGAUUAUAUGUUGCCAUGUGAAGUAAAAGUAGCAAAUAUUUAUUCACAUUAUUGUGUGUGGACGAGUGUAAAAGAUGCUAAUUACACUAUAUAUAGAGAAGCUGUGGAUAUAUACUACUUUAAACUUAUAGCCAAGAAUCGUUUUGGCUCAUUAGUUCAGGAUUUUGAAAUUGAUCACUAUUCAGUUGUUAAACCUGGUGCACCAACCAAUGUUAGGGUUAUUACAAAGAUGACAAAGAGUCACAGUGUACUGUUGCAGUGGGAAAUUCCUAGUAUUAUAGCUCAUUUGUUGAAAUGUGGUGUGGAGCACAGGAUGGAGUAUCAAAUAGCCAAAAUUGAUAGUACUGAUGAGUUUCGCAGUGUAAAUGUCACGGGUCUCUCAAAUAAUAACAUUACCUAUAAAUUUUGGCUUAAGAAUUUGCCAUAUGCACAUAUGCAGUAUGAGGUACGGAUAUACAUCAGAUCAAAGAAAGCAAUCAAAGAAGAGUUCUGGUCAGAUUAUAACUAUACAAUCUUUUUCACGGCUAGUGAGAGACCUAGACGGCCACCAGAUCUAAUAACUGGUGCAUUUACUGAAACACAAUAUGAUCUUGAAUCCUCAUCAUAUAGAAACAUUAUGGUUUACUGGAGGCAGUUGGAAGAGUAUGAAGAAGCUGGUGAAAAUUUUACAUACAAAGUUUAUGUAACUAGAAAUAACAAAACUGAGAUUAAGUACCCAAACAAGACUUUAAGUUUGAGCUAUAUAACACUUGACAAAAUUCCAAAGGAACCAAUGCAGAUUUCUGUGGCAUCUAGCAAUGUGAAUGGAUCCUCUAUUAAUAGUAGUCAUAUUUACAUACCACCUGAGGUUGAUAGAAAUUUGAAAGUUACAAGAUUCACACAAAUUGCAUAUGAGGGUGGGAUUUAUAGAUUAUCAUGGGUAACAAAUGAAAACACAAUGAAAAUGGAUAACUACACUCUUUUAUGGUGUCAACACAAUAUUACCAAAAUUUGCUCAGGACGUUUGAACUUCAAAGUGUUAAAUGGUGAUCUUAAUAACUAUAAAAUAAAUGUUACUAAUAAUUACAGAUAUCAGUUUGCUAUAUCCGCUAAUAAAGGAAUGGCCACAAGUGGAAUUGUUUGGGCUACCUGUGACAUGUCUAAAGAUACACUUGAAGUAUAUAGUUUUCCAGUUUCAAUUCAAACAGAGCAUACAGGGAAAUCAUUUGUAGCAAUCUCAUGGUCCUUCAGCUGUGAAUUAAACCAAGAACUGAAUACAAUUAAAGGUUACAACAUUACUUAUUGUAUUGGUGUCAAAACUCAUACUGAAUGUGAUCCAACUUAUAAUUCUAGUAGCAUUAUUAUUAAUGAUUUACAUCAAAUGAAACUUAACAUAACGGGAUUACGUCCUUUUAAGACUUAUCUUUUUACUGUAUCAUUGGUCACCAUUUAUGGAACAAAGAAAAUACCUACAAUCCGGUCAGUAACAACUGUAGAAGACACGCCAACUCCCCCAAGAAAUAUAAAGAUUUCUGAUGUGGAAAGCAAUUCAUUUGUAUUAUCAUUUGAUCCUCCUGACCCAAGAAAUGGAAUUAUUGGUAACUAUACUAUUUAUUGCAAUGGAGUAGAGCCAAAGGUAGUGGAAGUAGAAAGUGACAGCAAUGAUGUAUAUAGAAGAAAUGUCACUUUGACAAACUUAGACCCUUACACUAAUUACACUUGUACAGUGAAAGCUUGUAAUAUUGGUAUAAAGAAUUGCUCUCAGCCUGCACCACAGAAUGGUAUAUUUGUUCGGACAAGAAUUGGUGCUCCAAGCCAAAUCCAAACUGUAAAUAUUCAUAGUAAACCUGAUUAUGUUACAUGGGAUUUACCUCAAGUACAUGGUGGACAUAUUGAUUACUUUGAAAUAAGAAGAACUAUUGAUGGUAAGAAGCAGAAUAUUGAGAGAGCUAAUAAUUUGUCAUAUAACUUAAUGUUAUGCUAUUCUGUGCAAAACAAUGAAACAUUUGAAAUUAGGGGUGUGAAUUUGGACAAUGAUUAUCAUCAUGGAGUCAUUGCUCUUGAUGAAACAGUGGUUACUAUACCUAUGAGAAGUGGAGAAAAAGUGCUACAAUUUGCUGGGGAAUGGAGUAGACCAUUUAUAAAUACAUGUACAAUAAAUGAUAACACAACAGUUGUAGUAGUCAUAUUAAUAGGAAUUGCAUUAAUAUGCAUAGGAUAUGGUUGCUUAAAGUUAUAUAAUAUGUAUAAAAAUAUGGACAUUAAACCAGUUAUGCCAGAAGGAUUGUUAAUACCAGGUUCAGAGAAGUGUGGUUUCGAAACCUGGAAUACUAUAAACAAAGAUAAUAAAUUGUCAUUAGAUGAGACAUUGCCUCUGACAAAUACAAAGGCUGUAGUAGUUCCUCCAGAUGUUAAACAAAAAGAUAACAGCAAUUGCAAUUCUAGUAACCAAACAGAAAGUAGCGGUUUGUCAGAUAACCUUUACGGGAACUUGGAUAGACAGCCUUCUACAUCAGAUGAUGAUUCAAACGCAUCUUUCAAUUUAGAUGAUGGUGCUAAAAUUCAACAUUUCACAAAGGAUGAUGAAUACUCGUUUACAAAUUCGGAUGAUAAACUUUAUCAUGACAGUUUUAACGAAAAGCCAUUUAUCGUAGAUUCUCAACCUGUACUGAAACCAAGCUCUGGUUAUGUACAAUCAGUUCCAACUCCAUUGAAGCAUCCAACACCCAAACUUUCAAUAGAGCCUUCAAAUUCGAGUUACGUUAAGGCCGGCCUUUCCCCGGAAAUAUUUACCACUGGUGUACUACCACCUAUUGUGAAAAAUCACCCACCGACCUCAUCAGGGUACGUGCUUCGUGAAGAUGUGAUGAACCCAAUGAAUUUACACAAAUUAGUGCCAAGUGUUAUGCCAUUUGGGCCAGAGAGCUUGCCGUCUACGCCAAACUUGCCACAUCCUACAAAACAAAAUCCGAACAGCUACAUUCAGUUGCAGUCAUUAGACACGUUGCCUAGUCUUAAGCCGACCGAACGGAAUAUUGUGCCAUCAAUGAAGCCUACGGCUGCUGUGAUCAGUCCAGGUGACCCAGUUAUAAAUAAGCACUUAAGUAAUGUGCUAUCCGCCAGCCAAUUGGCCGAUGAUCCGCCUGUUUUAGAUCCUGCGAUGUCAGCGAACGCAUAUUGUCGCUUUUCAUGGAAUACGGAUCCUGCUAACGAUAAUUUAAAGACAUUUUACUCGCCAACUAGUGACUCGUAUAAUAAUUAAUAGGUAGUUUGUGUAUAGUGACUUGUGAUAUCAGUUACGUCUGAUAUGAUUUGUUAGGUAUAACAGACUGAAUUGUAAAUAUUGAACACUGUAGAAGCUUUAGAAAGUGAAUACUAAAUAGGACUUUAUACAAGAAAAUGUGUAUGUGUUGUCUAGUGAUAAUCCUUGUGCCUUAUUAAAUUAUUUUAGAUAAUAUGAAACAAAAU